AUGCGUCUACUGGAAUACAACAGCGACGGCGAGUUCAGCCUUGCCGAGUUCUUUGGCGACGACACUCCGCGGUAUGCUAUACUCUCGCACACAUGGGGAGUGGAGGAGGUUACCUUUGAAGACCUGACAAAUGGCACCGGCAAGAAGAAGGCUGGCUAUAGCAAGAUACGGUUUUGCGGAGAACAGACGAGGCGCGACGGCUUGCAAUACUUUUGGGUGGACACCUGUUGUAUUGAUAAAUCUAAUACCGGCGAGCUUCAGGAUACUAUUAACUCGAUGUUUCGCUGGUACCAGAAUGCAGUUAAAUGCUACGUCUAUCUUUCAGAUGUUUCGAAACGUCCUUCCGAUAUAGACGACAAGCCUAACGAGCCUUGGGAAUUGAUGUUUCGGGGAAGCAGAUGGUUCACUCGAGGUUGGACCCUACAAGAGCUUAUAGCGCCGGUAUCACUUAUAUUCUUCUCAGAAGAGGGGGAGCUACUAGGUGAUAAGGCAGAAAGUCGUGAGACGGCCUUUGAAGAAGACAAGGUAUACUCGCUACUGGGCAUUUUCGAUGUUAAUAUGUCGCUUGUCUACGGCGAGGGGAAAGAGGAGGCACUGAAGCGACUCAAUGAGGAGAUCGACAAGGCUUCAAAGGUCACCUUCAGUCUCUCUAAUACUUCUGAUGUCGAGCACUUCGUGGCAAGAGAGGCGGAGCUCGUGGAGAUGUACAUGGCACUUAGCGGCGAUGGCUCUCGUCGAGCAGUUGUUCUUCACGGCCUAGGUGGAAUUGGCAAGACACAACUUAGUGUUGUAUAUGCGAAGUAG